CAGGAUUUACUUCCCUUUCCUACUACUCAUUGCUUUUCUGUGGCUUCUGCAAAAAUAGCACUUGGCUUUUCUGUCAAGUUUUUCUGUUUCUCGUUUGUGCUAACAAACUGAAAGUUGUGAGCAACAGCAAGCAGAAGGAGGAAAUACUGAACCCACCAGAAAGCACACGGGCUGAGAAAGACGGAGAAUCUGGCUGCAGACCAUGAAUAUUUCCAAGAUGGUGCUAGGUGCCAACUUCACUAACAACUCCUUCAAUUGUACGAUUGACGGCUUCAAGCAAGUCAUUUAUCCCAUCAUGUACCUCCUUAUCUUCUGCCUGGGUGCUGUUGGAAAUAGCCUCUCCAUUUAUGUUUUCUUCCAGCCUUCACAGAGGAAGACCUCAGUAAACAUUUACAUGCAGAAUUUGGCUGUUUCAGAUCUCAUGUUUGUGAGUACUUUGCCCUUUCGGGCCACCUACUUCCUGUUGGGAUCACGCUGGGUAUUUGGUGAUGUCCUCUGCAGGAUCAUGACUUACAUCUUGUACGUGAACAUGUACUGCAGCAUUUAUUUUCUCACCGUGCUCAGCGUGGUUCGUUUCAUAGCUAUUGUCUACCCAUUCAAGCGCUGGAAAGUAACCAACAUGAAGUAUGCCAAGAUAAUAUGUGCAGCCAUAUGGGUUUUUGUCCUGGUAGCCUCCAGCCCUCUGCUAUGCAAGGAAGUUGCUGGAUACAAAUACCCAGACAAGUGCUUGGAUCUCCACCCCUCCAACACGCACAGGCUCCUGAUAAUGAACAGCUUUGUCCUCCUUGUGGGCUUCAUUCUGCCAUUUUGCACAAUUAUCGUCUGCUACAUCUUUGCCAUAAGAGCGUUGCUCAAGUCCAAGAAUCCACAGUGCAAGAAGGCGGUUUGUCACAAGAAGGCACUGUCAACCAUCAUCAUCACUCUCAUCCUCUUCCUCCUCUGUUUCCUGCCGUACCACAUACUGCGAACAGUCCACCUGACGAGAAGCGGUUGCAGCCCGGCCAACCUCCCUCUGCACAAGGCGCUGGUGGUCACUCUCUGCCUUGCUGCCAUGAACAGCUGCCUCGAUCCCAUCCUCUAUUACUUCGCUGCUGAAAAUUUCAAAGCCAGAAUCAGAAGUUUGUACCGCAGAUAGCUGACGCAGAAUUGCAAAGUACAAAAAAUAUGCAAAAUAUUUAUAUAUGGUCCUGGUGUGGUAUCUAGACUGGGUCCAUACUGUUCAAUGGCAGAGGCUGUGUGGUGCUAGCCAGCCCGCAGCCAUGCUGCUCAGUGCCAGGCAUCUCUCAAGCAAAAAUGUCUUGGAAAGCGCUCAUUGGGGAUGCCCAAAACUGAGGCAGAAAGAUCAGAGGUCAGGUGUCUGGGUGUGAUCCCUGGUCCUCUUCUAUUUAGCAGCGUAGAUACACCUCUAGUGUUCAUUCUCCCCAGGACAAGGGGUUGAAAGGGAUUUACCUUGCUAUUAGAGUCCAUUUAUUUCACUUCACAAUACUCAAUGAGUGGCUUGAAGGUCAACUCUUCCCCUGAUCACCUCAGCGUCUGGGUCUGAACCUCUCUGUGCUCCAUUUCGCUGUGUGUGCAGAGGUGUGGGGUUCAGAUGCUGUGAUACCCAACAGCUUCAUAGUGCCCUGUUAGUUCCCUUUGCAAACACGGGCCAGAGGUCUGCACAUCACAGAAAUGUAAAGUAUCACUGAUACUUUCUGCUGAGGCUGACUUACAAAGCAGACAGAGAGCCAAACGGGAGCCAGCACAGGCUCAGGCUGUUCAGAGGGCAUUAGCAUUUCUAGAUUUUCCAUUCUGAGGAGGCCACCGAGGUGUUGAUGGUUGGGCUCGGUGAUCUCAGAGGUCCUUUCCAACCAUGACGAUUCUGUGAUUCUGUGUUCUGCUUAACAUUUCUCUGAUUGCCAAGUGAGAUAAUGAUUUCCAGUUACCGGCGCCAGGAUGGAGCACUAUGAGUUAAGAUGACUGCGGGCAGCGAGAGCAGGAUGCGGGCGCACGUAGCAUCCUGCACGUCUUCACGUGUGCGCCCAUUCCUUCGAGGUCAUUGCAGCACUUGUUUUUGUGGUCAGUUCUGACAGCCGAGGUUAGGAAGCUCAGUUCCCAUGCAGGGAUCCAGAGGCAAACCUUUAAAUUAUUUCCUCCAAGUGGGGAGCUAAGGGAGUGGUAAACCAGUCUGACAGCAACCUGCUGCCAAAGGCAUCCCUAAUCCCACACCUCCUGUCUGCUGCGAGGAGGAAGCUAGUCCCUUUUUUCAUAGGAUUAACUUCCAGUUGUUUUGAACUCCCUGAUACCAAACAUAAGGAAGCACUAAACCAGGAACAGGAGGAAAGACGUGUAGUGGAGGAGGAGGAGGAGGAGGGCAGUUUCAGAAAGCAAUAGAAAACUACACCUAUGUGUUCUUUGGAAAAUCUCACCAGAUGGCUGCCUGCAUAUUUAAGUUCCCUGAAUAUUUUCCAAAAUAUAUUUCUUAGAAAUCAGAUCACUUGCAAUUAAGUGAAAACAGACUCCAAACUCAGUUUGACCACAUUGAGAUUUUGGUUUUAAUUACCUCAUUUAAAAAAAAAAAAAAAACCCCAAGAAGUUUUGUCAUAUUUUCCAGGACAGCAGCCUGUCUCAUGUGAAAACUAGCAAAAAUACUGAAAACCUUCCCUCCCUGUGAAAUCCACCCAAAGGAAUGUUUCUGUCAGUGAAGAUACUUUCUCAAUGCUCUGAACUUUUUUGGAGAAUGUUAUUGCACUUAAACAAAAAUAACUGCAGCUAGAUAUUCUCAGCUCUGUCUGAAAUACGCAGAAAACAAAACAUUGCUGGUCAGGUGGAAAAGUGCUUGGCAAAUCACUGGAGAAAUCACAUUUUUCUUGACUAUCUAAGGGUUAUGUUCAAUUGUGGAGUCAAUCUAUUUUGGUCACUUUAUGCUGCUUUUUAUGUAAGCACAGAGUUUUAUCAUAAGUCUUCACAAAAGUUCAUGCUCCGAAUCCUUAUUUCAGUAACUCAGUGGCAUACCUGAGAGCUGACCUAAUGAUUUCAUGUGAACUCCUACAGUGCUUGGUCCCAUGUUACUGAAGGAUAAAGGAAUAUUACCACUCAUUUGCAAUGGAAUGGGAUCGACAUGACAGCCUGUGCAGAGGGAUGGUGGACAAAUAAUUGGAAGGAAGGGGGAAAACUUGCAGUUUUUCCCUGUCAUGAAUAGACCUCAGCAGGGACAAAUGAUAAUCUUGGAGCCUCUGACAAGGUACUGUACACCUGAAAUACUACAAAGGAAUGAAAAGAAAAUUAGCCAUAUUCUAAUCUCACUCACAUGUUUUUGUCUGCAUCCAUCCAAAUGCACCCUAUUAUCAGGUAAUUUUGCACCUAGAGGAUAUAUGUAUCUCACUUAUGAGGUCACUUUUUUUUUUUUUAUUGACCAUGCUACAACUUUGCUAGCAAUUGAAUUAACUGUCAAACCUGUGUUUUAAUAAACCAGAUUUACUAG